GUGCUCGGUGUGUGAGUGUGGCAGAUCAUUUCCCUCGAACACUCGGCCAUGGAGGUUUUCUGGUGGCUACUCUUGGUAUCGUAUUUGGGUGCAGUCCAGGGCGAGGGGAACUGCACCUUGUGCUCGGCCUGGAUCGAUCGCGCGGUCUGUGGCUAUAACAAUCGGUGCUACACCAUCUUCAAAAGCUCCUGCGAAAUGGAAAUGCUGAACUGCAAAAUGCCUGAUGUGUACAGAUUCACAGAGACCCCCUUCUACGGCCAUUGCUUUAGACCCAAUGUGGCAAAGUGCAAGGCCUACCGUUUGUUAGAGCAACUCAAUAAAGUAGACAGCUCCGUGGAAAUGUUUGCUUGAUUAAUAAGCUAUAAAUAUUUUAAGAAGAGUAUACAUUAAAGAAUCAGUAAUGAUGGCUGGUAAAUGCCGCCGAAUAAUAUUAAAAAACAA